AUGCGGUUCAUAUCGCAGCAUACAUCUAUCCCAGUACCAAAGAUUUUUUGUACAUUCACUCAAUCCGGGUGGACGUACAUCGUGAUGGAAAGGAUCAAGGGAGAUAUCAUUGGCAAGGGCUGGGUUCGACGAAAAGAGGAUUCAAAGGCGAAACUUCUCUCGCAAUUAGCUGAGAAAUUCCGCGAGAUGCGUGAACUUCAGCCCUCAGAAGGCACUACGAUCUCUUCUGUCGAUGGCGGAUCCCUUUAUGACUGUCGUAUUGCGGGCCCUACCCCCCGCUUUGGUCCUUUUGAUACGCUCCAAGACUUCCAUCGGCAUUUGCGCAUGGGCUUGGAGUUUGAUCCAGGGAUGAUGCUCGAAGGCCAGGAACUGAUCAAACAGCAAAGCAAGACUUGGCCUUUGGUUUUUACUCACGGGGACCUUAGCAGCCUUAACAUUCUUGCUCGUGGAGAUGAUAUCGUUGGUAUUAUUGAUUGGGAGACUGCUGGCUGGUAUCCUUCGUAUUGGGAAUACACUUCUGCCCACCAAGUCAACCCACAAAAUUCCUUUUGGGUCCAUGAAAUUGACAAAUUUCUACAACCAAUGCCCGAAGAGCUGGCGAUGGAACAGAUCCGUCAAAAAUGGUUUGGAGCUGUUUAG